GAUAACUGUUCACACUAGAAGUUUGAAGUACCCACCAAAAAGCUUUAAUGGCCUCCAAAUGCAUAGAUAAUUGCGUAAACAUCGAAAGCGACGUCCACUCCCUCCCGAAGGUGACGAUUUACACCAACCUCCACAAGUGGCCGAUGGCAGAGGUGGAGUUUGUCAAGUCAAUAAGCCACGGCAAUAGCCAGCAUCGUACCAUGGUGAUGAACAACAUAACUUGUAGGCAAAUGUACCUCAGAAGCUACACUUUCACUAGAAAAGAAAAUGAAGAAGAAGGUGGUCGAGGGGGCAGUAAGACCGGUGACCAGUUGAACAGAGGAGAGAAAAAGAAGUCUGCAGAGACAACGAAGAGAGGUAGGAGGAAAAAGAGCAAAGCAACGCCGUGUAGGGCAUUUGUUUUGAGUCUCGUAUGGAAGUGCUUUUCUUGUACUUCCUCUACUAAAGUUAACAAAGAUCCGUGAAGUAAAGUCAUGGUUUGAGAUUUUUGAGAAUUAAUAAAACAAAAUAAAUUUUGCAAGUUUGUAAUUUUUUUUUUGUCAACGCAAGUUUGUAAUUGAUGGCUCUUAUUUAGCAGUGUAUGUUUGAAA